UGUCACGUUGAAGUUAUUUUAUACGUUUCUAUUGAUUUAAUAAUUAUAUUCAAAGAAAUAUACAUAUCAGUGGGCAAUUAAUUGUAGCAUUUUGAUUAUUUAUUUUAUCGAUCGUGGACGUCCAAGAAAUUGUUUAAUACCGUUUUAAAGGCGAAGAAACGUCUUUCACAUCCACGCCAUUAGUACGAAAUUUGAAAAUAUCGCUUCUGCGUGAAAAUAACUCUCUGUUCUUGUUUCGAACCUGUCAUGACAACAUUGAGCUCUCCUCUGCCUCGUCUACGGUAUAACCUCGAAGUGAAAAUCGAAGACGCUCUGACAACACGUCGGACUGACAACAAUCUAAAAUGAAACGAAGAGUGUAUGCAGAAAACGUUUAAUAUUUAAAAUGUGAUAAGAGUGGUUAAUUAUAUAAAAGUUGCUCAACGUUGAAAAAUGUACAUUGAAACAUGCCAUCAACGAAAGACAAGUGGGUCAGACGUUUCAUUAUACCCGAAACUACGCGACACAGAAAAGGUUUUACCAUUUACAAAGUCACAUCCGUGAUAUAUUUAAAAGCAUCUAGAGAGGAAGUAUCCAAGGUAUCCGUUUGGAAACGUUACAAUGACUUUAAAAAACUCCAUUCGGCAUUGUAUGCCUUACAUGCGCAUUUUCAAAUUAAAGAUCCUUUUCCUCCGUUCACAAAGUCUAAAUUUUUUGGAAGAUUCGAAGUUGAGGUCGUUCAAGAAAGAAAGAACAGCGCGUUGAAGUUCUUAGAUUUUAUCGGGAAACAUCAGUGCUUGUAUACGAGCGACACGUUCAUUAAAUUUUUUGAAAACAGUCUUAACGAUAGCAAUUUAAACGAUCGUUCACAGUCCAUCGGCUCUGAUACUUCGGAAGACGAUCGCAAUAUCGGUUUAGACAAUCCAGUCUUAACGAACAACAUCAACGUCAUAGAAAGCGCUAAUCUUUCGUUGGGUGGUAUCCUCGACGGAGAAACAAGAUCUUUGGCCAUAGAAGAAAAUUCGGUUAAAUAUAAUAUAGUUGGCCCUUUAAAAGAGUAUGAAAAAGAACGUAAUACUACUAAGAGCAACAACGGUUUAGGUAUAGAGACAAGCGCGUCGAAGGUACAAGACAAACUGGAUAAUCAGAAUAAUAAGCACGAGAGUAUAAGCGAUAGAAGGUACGAAAUAAAAAAGACAAGAACGCUAAAAAUGAAGAAUCCCAAAGUGAUACAAGACUGUUCCGAUCUUGCGCAUACGUGCAAGGACGUUACACAUUACAUCGUAGUGGCUGCUGCUUACAUAAGCGCAGCGUUCAAGCACGAAGCUAUCGCGGAAUACGAAGAAGCAUUUGCCCAGUACAAAAUGGGAAUCUCAACGUUAUUACUCGGCGUUGAGACGGAUCCUGACGAUGCGAGGAAAAUAAUAAUAAAAGAAAAAGUAUCGAAAUAUUUAGAUAGGGCGGAGAAAUUGUAUAAUAGAUACCUAAAUUGGAAUAUUUCGGUGCUAAAUAAGCCUACGUCGGAUCUUAAAAAUUACAAAGUAUUGAAAAUUAUAGAUUCUGUAAUGCUCGUUAAAGAUUUACAUUCAAAUGGCGUUAAAAUAGUAAAGAGUAUCGAAAAAUCGUUAUGUAAUAAGGAAAAUAUAAGCAAUUACAUAUUGCGCGGACAAAUACCGUUUAUGGUACGUUUGCAUGCUUAUAUCGAAACGGAAGCAACGGUAUUUCUUAUAUUGGAAUAUGCCAAACGUGGUAAAUUGUGGGAUUUUAUAAUUAAAAAUUACAAAUCGCACGACAAUUCGAUUCUGUUUAAAGGAGAUGGUUCGAAAACGCUCGGUAUUAGCGAUGAAUUAGAGGGAAUGUUUAAUAACGACAACGAAAUGGCAACGAGUAGAGAGACAGAACGUCUCUGUACUUACGAUGCCGAAUCGACAAAGACAAACCGUAUUACGUUAAAGGAAGAUAAUGCACAAUGCCAGAUGUAUAACGUAGAUGAAAUCCGUGGCAGUGACAUGCCUACGACUCAAUUGUUAGAAAAAGCACAGAAAUUACUACAAUCUGUUAACGCUACUUUAAGGAGAAGUAAUUCCGUUGCUAUUCGAUCAAACGAAUCAAAAGAAUUAAUCUAUUCGCGAGAUGAUGUUACGCGAGCAACGGAAAGCGACGGUGUCGUUUGUCGACUUGAACGCAAUGACAGUAAUAAUCAGGAGAGAAAAGGAGCGUUCGAAUCGAUAAAAAGCAUUGGAAACGAUAAUAUAUCGUCGAUAUCUAUGUCGAAGGAAAAUAAUUUGAACAAACGUUUGAGUAAUAGCUUGGAUUUUAGGUUUGACAAUGCGCAAGAAAACAAUACGUCGGGUAGUACCAGUUCGGACGCAUCGAGCAAUUCGAUAACGGAUGAUGUCAAACACGAAUGUUAUUCCGCGUACGCAAGCCAGAUCGAUAGUCGUUAUUUAGAAUCUUUGCAAAUGGAAGAUGCUAUCGACGAACGAAGUAACACGUUAACGUCGGAAUAUUCGAAGGAUAAUCGUCAAGGUGAAGAGUCUGCCCAAGCGGACAAACGUGUCGGCCCUAACUGCGAGCCAGCGCUUUGGGAAAUACCCGAGGAAGUUGUUUGUCGUUGGGCAGCAGAAAUUCUUUUAGCGCUCGAAGCAUUGCAUCAACAAGGAGUUAUAAUAUUUGAUUUGAAACCAGAAAAGAUUUUAUUAGACGAUCACGGUCAUGUAACGUUAACGUAUAUCGUACCAUACCGUAAUAUCGAAUUAACGAAAAUAAGACAAGAAUAUUCGUCUCCGGAGUUAUAUAUGUUUUCACCUACGACUUCUACUUCACCAGCGACAGACAUUUGGAAUUAUGGAAUCAUUUUGUACGAGUUACUCACAGGCAUUAAGUUUAGAUCUUUGCACGCCGAACCAUUCCGUUCUCAUUCCGUCGUUAGCAUACCUAGCAAAUUGUCGGACAAUGCCAGAUCUUUGCUUUUAAACAUUCUAAAGUACGAGCCAGAAGAACGAUUAACUAUAUCGGACAUUAAGAAGCAUUAUUUCUUUGAAAAGAUCGAUUGGUCGAGCAUGGUAUAUUCUACGAUUUAAAAGGAAACACGAUAUAAUCUUUCGAAAAGAUUUAAUGAAUUUAUUAAAUGUAAUAUCUGUUGUAAAGUAACCGUCGACAUCCCAUCAAUGAAUCUGGUUGUAAAUAAUACAUUAGCGUUAUUGAACAUACCAUCUUUUAACGAUACAACAAUAAACUGUGAAUGUUUAAAGUGUCUCUUCAACAUUGUACCUAUAUUUUCUGUAUGAGAAAGAUCUAAAGCUGCGUCUACUUCGUCUAAAAUGUAAAGUGGAGCUGGCUUAAAUAAAAGCAUAGCUAAUAUCAAAGAUAAA